UAUCUAGCGCUGACCUGAGAGCCCGAGCCUAGUCACUAGUGAUUACAGCGAAUCAAGUCAAUUGACAUUUUGGGCUAUCAUGCUAGUUCCGAGCGAUGCUUAGGAGGAUAUAAAACCCCUAGCCGGAGCAUUGGCUUGUCAGGAAUCAGCUCGCAUCCAGUCACCUGCUUCAAACGACCAAUCAAGCCAAAUUGCAGUCAAGGCUGCGUUUUCAUCAGCGCGGUGCAGCUGGAUGCAAUGGAUCUUAUGGGCUGUUUGAGAUGGUUAUGCAUAUAAUUUGAAUUGUGCUAGGGGAUUUAGUACGAAUAGGGAUCGAUCAUCAUCAAUGUCCCUUGAAGUGAUUGGACCUAGUCCCCAUACUAAGAUAGAGAAGCUGUUGAGCGUUGGGCCCCAUGAAGUGGCAAAGCACCACCAGUCGCUUCUUCCCAAAACCGAGGCUGUAACGACAAAGCAAUCACACUUGUCAUUAACGCCACCCGCUGAGCACCAGACCACACUAUACAAACGCUCAUCAUCAGCAUGGAAUACAAUCUCGUGGAAGCUAGAGAUACUUAGCUGGAUCGGCAGUCUCUGCCUCUUUAUUGCCAUAAUUGUCGUAUUGAAAGUCGUGGACGGGACGUCCACUGCCGGAUUUACAGCAUGGCAUCCCGCCCAACGCAAUCGUCGGGUUGUUGGCCACCUUUGGGGAAUUUCUUUUGAUUAUGCCCGUGAGAUCCGCCCUUGGGCUGAUGAAAUGGCUCCGAUGGCUUCAAAAGCGGCCAAUGGUCAAUUUCCAGGAUUUCGAUCAAGCGAGUCGAGGGCCAUUAGGAAGUACAUUACUUAUGGCUGGUCGAGAGGCGGGGCCCUCGGCAUGGGCACUCCUAAUAAGAUCCCUGUGGAAUUGACUCAUCCUAGACCACUCGGAUCCUUUGGCGCUUCUCUUAUUAUCGUUGCGUUGGGUAUCAGCGCAUUUACUCAGCAGCCGUUGAAAUACGACACUGUCUACCCUCAUACCGACGAGGCUUAUAUGCCAAUUGCACAGUUCAUGAACGACGGUUUCGACACCGAAUUGCUAGCCGCGCCUGAUAUUGCAUUAUUUAGUCCUGCACAUACAAACUUUACAGCAGCUUUUAUUUCACGUGGUGGUGGUAGUAGUAGUAACUGUACUUGGGAAUCGUACCAGACGUUAGGUGUUCGCAGCACAUGCAAAGAUUUGUCGUCCAGUCUCAACAUGAGCAAAUAA